AUGCUAAAUAUAUCACCGAACAGUAGCUUUGUACGUGAUACAUCAGGUAUAAUAACAGAUCGUUUGAAAAUUUUACUCAAUCAAAUAUCUCAACGUCAAUUAAUUAAUCGAGAUAAACAAGUUACACAAAAACGAAUAUUAUUUAGUGUCAUUUUUUUAUGUCUGGUUCAAGUGAUUGUUCCAGACAGUUUUUUACACUUAAAUGAAAAAAUAUGGAAUGCUAAAAGAUUCAUUAUUGUAACAUGUAUUGCUUAUACAAUUCGUGUAUUAGUACAUUAUAUGCAUAUAUCAUUAGCUAAAUAUGUAUUUUUAACACAAAAUGAAUUAAAACAACUUGGAUUAUAUGUACCGGAACAAGGCAUGGUUAUUUGUGAUAAUCCUCAAUUAGCAGAAGCUGCUUAUAAUCGUCAUCGAUAUUUAAAUAGAUUAUUAUGUUGGAUUUCACCUCAAUCAUUAUAUACAUCUAUUCUUAAUCAACAAAAAACAACGGGUCCAACACUUCCAUUACGUGUUCUUACAGCGACACUUGCUGAUCGUGUAGCUUCAUUAGUAAAUAAUACUCGUCAAGUAACAUCACCAAAUAAAUUUGAUCAACAGAGAGAUCUAUAUGAAAAUUCAAAUUCAAGUAUUGCUACUCCUGAUCCAUUAGCAACAUUAAGAAAUAGUGUCUAUUGGCAAUCAUCACCAGAAUCACCAUCAACAAAUUUAAGUGAUUGUUCACGUUAUUUAACUGAACUUGAACGUGAUGCAUUAGAUUUAUCAGCUACAAGUCAUAAUCGAAGUUUAAAUGAAUCGUUUGGUCGAAGUCCUAUUAUGGCAACCAAUGCUAUGAAUGAUACAGUAGCUGAACUUCGAUCUCGUCCAUAUCAAAUGGCACAUAUUCGUUCAGCUACAAGUCAAAAUGGUUCAACUGUAGUCGAUGAUGAUACACGUAAAUCAGAUUAUAAAAGAAUUAUUAGUAGUAAUACGGGAUCUGGUAGUGGUCAAACAAGUGGUACACAAACAAUAAUUAAAUGGCGUAAAGUCCGUAUUGAUGGUCCACAAUUAUUCGUCUUACGUGAAAAUAUGCGCAAAUGGUUAACAAAAACAAUUCUCAUUCCAUUAACACGUGAUAUUGAAAAUUUAAAUCAAUCAUUAAUUGCUCUUGGACAUACAGAUAUAACCAUCGGAAAAACAACAACGAAUGAAAUAAAAUCAUUUAUACGUACAUGUACAAAUUCAACAUUAGUUUCUCAAUUAAAUGAAAUAUUACCUAAUUUUGAAAUUCAUUCUAAUCAAGAAUAUAUCCUUUCAAGAAUACAAAUCUUAGCUCGUACCUAUAUGUCUGGUUAUAAUUGGAAAUCAGGUGUAAUUACUGAUGCUGAACUUGUAUUCAAUUUAUUUUGUAUUUAUUUUGAUCGACGUCUUACACCCGAUCCACGAUUCUUAGAUGGAAAAGUUUUUCGUGGAAAUUAUAUUGUACGACAAGCACAAUUAACAAAUACAGCUCGGUAUCCAACAGGUAUCUUUGUCUAUCAAGAAAAACCACCAAUUUAUAAAGUUUUAUCAAAUAGUGAAAUUCAUGAUGUACCAGCAGGUGAUCAUAAUUUACUUGAUUGUCUUCUUCUAUUUGUUGAAUGUGUUAAUUCAACUCGAAAUGGACAUCUUGGAUCAUUGAAUUUAGGUGCUAGUGGUGUGGAUAUUUUAUGGACUAUUAUUUCACCAUCAUCACCAUAA